UCGUGUUCAGUUACCUAAAAGACCUCAAACAACAAAAAGUAAUGGCUCGUACCAAGCAGACUGCUCGUAAAUCAACUGGAGGAAAGGCUCCUCGCAAGCAGUUGGCGACGAAGGCUGCCCGCAAAAGCGCUCCGGCUACUGGUGGAGUGAAGAAGCCUCAUCGUUAUCGUCCGGGAACAGUCGCUCUUCGUGAAAUCCGUCGUUACCAGAAGUCGACUGAGCUGUUGAUCCGCAAGCUCCCAUUCCAGCGCCUGGUUCGUGAAAUCGCUCAAGAUUUCAAGACCGACCUGCGUUUCCAGAGUUCAGCUGUUAUGGCCUUGCAGGAAGCCAGUGAAGCUUAUCUGGUUGGUCUGUUCGAAGACACCAAUUUGUGCGCUAUCCACGCCAAGCGUGUCACCAUCAUGCCAAAAGACAUUCAGCUGGCUCGUCGUAUCCGUGGCGAACGUGCUUAAGACUAUCAGCUUUCAUUAAAUCUCAUUAUCAAUAAUACCAAAGGCCCUUUUCAGGGCCACCAAAUCCAUUGCUUAAGAGUUAGAAUUUGUAUUUUUCAUGAUACUUUAGUUUGGGGCAUAGAAAAUACCGCUGAAUGCUAACAGAAAACUGACGCCCAUCUCGAACAAAGAUUUUUUUCAAAAUGGCUGACAUUGUUAUAGUAUUUCGUUGCUUGUUAGGGGUAUUCGUUCAAAUAUUUUUACAGGCAUUAAAUAUUUAUUUAUUCGAAAAUACAGUCUGCUCUCUAUGAUUUGGAGUCAUUAUAAAAUUUGAAAAUCAUUCAGCAUUAUGAAAGUGUGUGCUCCUAAGCGUCAUUUCCGUUGAAUCUAGGAAUGGGCGAUGUCGAUGCGAUUUUUCGUCGAAAAUUCCCAUUAAAAAAUGCGAUUUUUUCACAAUCGAUUUUUUUAUCUCGAAAAAUCAAUUUUUUUACUUCGAUUUUUCCUUGCUCAAUGUUUGUCGACAUUGAUUUUUCGAAUUAGAAGGUAUGUAACAAAAUGGAUUUUAUUUUUCAAAGCGCUUUUAUAAGAAAUAUGGCAUCGAAUGUGGCAAUGAAAGGAACGACUUCGAUAUAAUUUCCAUAUGCUCAGGUAGGGAAACUACGCGUUGACGCUGAUUAUUUACUUUUACUUUUUUUAGUAUUGCCAUUUGCAUAACUCUUACAGAAAAACUACCUGUACAAGCUCGCACAGAA